AUGUUUGUCCCCCUGCCGGUGCCCUUCGUCUUUCAGAGAACUGCGUCCGACUUCAGCGCCUGGAGACUCAAGUCGUCGCUGGCUCCGCGGUCCAGCCCCGAUAUCAGGAUGUCCAAAGCAGAGGAAGAGAAGGCCGGACCGGACUACCCCGCCGACGGCUCAGACUCUAACAGAAAUAGUCCAGAUGACCAGGUGGGUCUUCAAAUAUUUUUACCGAUGGAAAGCAGCCCGUUCAGACUCUCGCCCACACCAGGCAGCAAGGUUAAGGCGGAAGGGAGUUGUGAGAUGACCUGCAGCGCUGUGCUGGCAUCUUCUCAGCAGCAGCAGCAACAGCAGCAACAGCAGGCACAAGCGCAGGCGCAGCACCAUCACACGCAGCUGAUGCUGGCUGGCAGUCAGCUGGCGGGGCUGGCCGCACUCCUGCCGGCCCAGCAGCAGCUGCUCCUGCAGCAGGCCCAAGCUCAGCUCCUGGCGGCUGCUGUCCAGCAGUCCAACGCUGCACACGCCGCUCAUGCCGCGCACGCUGCUCACGCCGCCGCCCAGCAACAGCAGCACCAGAGCCAAACAUCUCAGCAGCAGCAGCAAGCCGCCAAACAGGAAAUGACUGUGCAAGCUCCUCCGCCGCAGCUGGCCCUCUCUCAGCCAAUCCAGCUCACAGCGCAGGACAUCCAGCAGCUGCUCCAGCUCCAACAGCUGGUUCUCAUGCCAGGCCACCCGCUCCAGUCCCCGGCCCAGUUUCUCCUGUCGCAGCCGCCCCCCCAGACUCAGCAACAGCAGCAACAAGCUUUGCUCUCCACAGCAAAUCUUAUCCAGCUACCUCAGCAAAGCUCGACGAGCCUGUUGACCACGACGCCCCGCCUGAGCCUCCAGGCGCAGAGGGAGAAAAGCAGCGAUGCUGCUGGAAACAUCAACGCCCCACCAGCGUCCACGGGCAUCAGCGGCGUGGGCUCGGCGGCGGUCGGGUCUUCGUCCGGCUCGGCCGCCGCCAUGGCGGCCUCCCUGAACUCGGCCUUGACAGCCGGGAGCCACGCUGGCCACCUGGGGGAGGAGCCCAGCGACCUGGAGGAGCUGGAACAGUUUGCUCGCACGUUCAAGCAGCGACGCAUCAAGCUGGGAUUCACACAGGGCGACGUGGGCGUCGCCAUGGGUAAACUGUACGGCAACGACUUCAGCCAGACCACUAUCUCGCGCUUUGAGGCCCUCAACCUGAGCUUCAAGAACAUGUGCAAGCUCAAGCCUCUACUGGAGAAGUGGCUCGGGGACGCAGAGACCAUGGCAGUGGACAGCAUGCUGCCCAGCCCCUCUUCCAUCUCCUCCCCCCUGCUGGGCUUGGAGGGCCUGGCGGGCCGACGCCGGAAGAAGCGCACCAGCAUCGAGACCAACGUGCGCGUGGCAUUGGAGCGCAAUUUCAACACGAACCAGAAGCCUACCUCGGAGGAGAUCCUACUGAUGGCCGAACAGCUCAACAUGGAGAAGGAGGUGAUCCGCGUGUGGUUCUGCAACCGGCGGCAGAAAGAGAAGCGCAUCAACCCCGCCAGCAGCAGCACGCCGCCGCUGCCCGGCCAGACCUCGCCCGCCGUCACGCACAAAGCCCCCUGCUACAGCCCACACAUGAUAUCCAGUCCAGGUAUCUCUCAGGGCAGCAGCAGCCUCAGCACAACAGCUGCCGCUUUGUCACCGUCGCCCGUCAGCUCUGUGGCAGCAGGUUUCACCUCCUCUUCUUUGACUCCGCCCCCUCAUAGCACAGCCAGCCCCGCCCCUCCUGGUCUGGGUUCUCACGGCCUCAACACUGGAAACACAAUGAUGGGAGUAAGCACAGGAAUGAACCAGGCGCUCAUGAGCAGCAAUCCGUUGGCUACCAUGCAAGCACUGGCAGCCAGCGGUGGUCAGCUGUCAAUCAUGGAGGCUAGUGCGGGUCAUAUGAUUCUGGGCAGUGGCCAUGGCGGGGUACCGCAUUCGCUGCGCCCCUCGCUCUUCCUCAACCGCCCGGGCCUGCUGCCCAUGGCGACGGGCGCCAUCUCCAUGGUGACGGCGUCCCCGCCCACCAUGGGGCUGGUGAGUGGCCCGGGAGGGGGCGCGCCCCGGCUGGCCUUCGCCCAGUCUUCGCCCGCCGGCGCCGCUCACCUCCUGGGCCCGCCCUCGGGCCCGGAAGACUCGCCCUGCUCCAGCCCCGCUUCGUUCUGUUCCUUCAGCGAAGCCUCGCCGCCGCCCCUGGGCGGGGCUAUGGCCGAGUGA